AUGCCGAAGCAACUGGGACCCGACCAAGGCGCCCCAGACUCACAAGUGCCCUUCAACAAGGCUCCCUACCUCCGUGGGCCAAAAGCCUCCCGUGGCCCUGCCCCGUUAAAGCAACCACAAGCACAAAAGAUUAAGCGCCAAUGGCGGACCACACCACUCAGAGCCUAUGCCUUUCCUGGAGGGGGAAAGAUCUCAACCCCCUACAGAGCAGGCCCUUCAACAAGCAUGGGGUUGGAAGAAGCUCUCACCCAAGCCUGGAGCCGUCGUCUUGAUCCCGCACAUCCCUACCCAUACACCGAUUGGACCUCCAAUUAA